AUGCUCCGUAAAUUUGCGGAGCAAGUCUCCAAGAACCCCAUUGAGGUGGUGGUGACGAUGUUCAUCGUGGUCACUUUGGCCUAUUUUCAGCUCUUGCACGCCAUCUCCACCAGCAAUUUUUUCGAGCCUCUGAACAGGGAGGCAGCCGGCUUGGCUGCUGCUUCAGGUUGGGCCUCGAUACCCUCGGAACCUCUCAAUACCGUACACAGCGCUCUUGAAGAGCAUAGCCAGACUGUCUUCAUUCGACGCGCUGGAAUGGGCAAGCAAUGGGAACCCCUCAGCGCUUCUACUGGCACAGUGAUCGACGAGCCGGCAUCCAACGCUACCUACUCCAUCGAGCCAAUUCUAGUCGUCGACUCUGAGCGUGGCGGAGACAGCAGCGCGACUAGGCACCUGAGAGAUACGGGCUUGCCUCGCGUUGCGGACGAAGUGGAGCGCAAGCUGCUGGCAGGGGACAAGAAGAUUUCGGUCUUCAAAGUGUGCGAUAAAGAAGCCGACUUGACGGUGUUCGCCCUUGGACGUAUUAGCCAUGCUGAUGCUGGAUCCCAAGCCGACGCGCUGAGGCACAAAGCUCUUCUCGAAGCGUCAGAGGAUGAGACGGUGAUUGCAGAGAUUCUGCAGGCUGGUCAGAGCGCUCUUGAUGCUGUUGCGCCAGUCAUCAGACCCGCUUCCGAUGACGAAGCAGCGCCCCUGGGACCGCAACUCGUCUUGCUGCCCACCCUGUCUGGCGCGGACGAGAGGCUGGUCGGUCUCGAUGCGAGGAGGAGGGGCUCAGCUACCACGCAAGAGCUUCGAAGCUUGCGAUGGGCGGCAUACACCGUGCGCGCCCUCGUCGUUCGCUUUUGGGCUUUGCUGAGGAAGGCAGACUCGGCGGACAUCUUCGUCAUGCUCUUGGCAUACGUGCUUAUGCACGGCACUUUCAUCAACCUGUUCCUGUCCAUGCGUAAAUUCGGUAGCCGAUUCUGGCUUGGUGAGUGGCUCUCAGGCGCACAUCGAGUGGACGCGCACGCCAUGGCGAAGUGCGAGUUUAGAGCUCAUGAUCGUCUUCUCUCCCUGGACAGGCGCCUCUGUCUUGACGUCAUCGAUCUUCGGCUUCCUGUGCGCCUUGACGAUGGCAUCGGCGCUCGGCGUUGUCGUCGAUCCUGUAUGCCUCUCCGAAGCGUUGCCCUUCCUCGUCGUCAUCGUUGGCUUCGAAAAGCCAUUCCUCUUGACUCGCGCGGUCUUUUCGCACCCUUCUUUCGCCCCCGCAACCCAGCCAGCAUCGAAAUCAAACAGCGACGCCUUCCUAUCAGCGCUGAAUGACGCUCAGCCCGCAAGUGACAGGGAUGCACAGGAGGGCAAGGAGGCACGCGAGUUGACGUCAAAGCCAGUGGUAUCUCCGGAGGAAUCUUUCGUGCGCGCGCUGACGCUGCGACUCAAGUCGGACUCAUCUUUGCGGUGGGACGCGCCGCAGCCAAUGUCGGCUCCAGAUUUGGUGGUCGAGGCGGUCGACCAGGUGGGCCCUACCAUUGUGCGCGACUAUCUCAUCGAAGUCGGUGUUCUCACAGUCGGUGCAACAAGCGGUGUCAGCGGCUUGCGCGAAUUCUGCCAGCUCGCAGCCCUGAUACUGUCUUUCGACUGCAUCUUUCUCUUUGCUUUCUACCUCUCCAUUCUCACCAUCAUGGUUGAAGUGCACAGGAUCAAGAUCAUGCGUGGCUUGCGUCGACCCAGACCUGCUACCCCUCCGAAUGUGGACUCGGACCUGCCGACAGGCAUGUCGAAUGCGAGAGCAGAGCCUAAUCAGGAAGACGACGACGAUGAAGAUGGCUCAUCCACUCCUGGAGCCUCGGUAGAAUCUCCCGUAGAGCCCGGAACGAGGUCGGCAAAGUCGAAGCCAGGGCGGCCUCUCUGGAAGCGCAUCUUCAAAACGGUCCUCGGUACUGUCCCGUUCGAGCACAAUCGGCAAGAACGCCAGAAUCCCGUGGCACGGCUGAAGGUGCUCUUGAUCACAGCUUUCAUCACCUUGCAUUCGUUCAAUCUGGUCUCGACGCUGACCACUCAGUCCGCAAUCACUCGUCAUCAUGCCAUCGACUCCUCCUCUUUACAUCGACACUUUUCCGAGUACAGCAAUGUGUUUGACCUUCGGGCAGACUCGCCAGUGCUUUCGAAAUUCCUGUCCAAAUUGGACAGCAGUGAGCCCGCCUCGGCGAACCUCAUCGCACGCGUCUCGGACCCGCUCAUCUAUGUGCUGGUAGACGGCGCUCCUGCUGCCGCUGCCUCACGCACCGCUCUUGCAAGUGCUGCUCUGAAUGCAUCUGGCGGAGGCGGCCUUCCUCCGACAUCCUUCACCAUCGGCAACUCGGCAGGUGGAGCGGCUGGUGCCAACACAGGGGGCCGAGGCGCGUCCUCACUCGCCGUGCUUGAUAGCUUCAUGACUGGAUGGACCUUCAUUGUCGGGGACCCAAUCAUUAGCAAGUGGAUGUCGCUGGCACUCGCUAUCAGCAUUUUCCUGAACGCAUACCUUUUGAAAGGCAUCGCGUCUGGCGACGCUGCUGUGGCAGAGGGCAAUGCGACAGGCGCGGCGGCUUUUGCUGCGGCACGCAUGAUUGGUGCUCAUCUAGACAGGGAACGCAAAAAUAGCGGCAAGGGCACCAAGCAGGUACUGCACAAACCGCGAUCAGAGCUGGACGCGUACAAUAGACGCAUUGCGGAUAUUUCGGCUGCAGAGCGCUCCAAGUCGAAGCUGUCCCAGGUCAGCGAGGGCAAGCCAGGUUCCCACACUAAUGCGAUACCAGCCUCUGCGAUCACUAGCGACGCUGGCGAUGCCGUGCGCCAGGCUAAACAAUCCGGCAAGGUGCCGUCGAUCUCUACAGACCAGCCCACUAGCGAUGGUGACAACACGCCCCAGCUCGGCCAUGCCGCUCUGGUCGAUGAGUCUGGCGAUCGCGUGAUUCGUCCCUUUGAAGAGUGCCUCGACCUAUUCGCUGGUGGCGCUGGCGUCUUCCUGCUGAGCGACGAAGAGGUUAUCCUUCUGGCGCAGAAGGGCAAGAUUGCAGCUUACGCUCUCGAAAAAGUGCUGCAGGACAACAAUCGCGCGGUGCGAGUCCGUCGGGCACUCAUUUCCCGCGCCUCCGCCACCAAGACCCUGGAAAGCUCGCUCUUGCCCCACCUCGACUACGACUACGCUCAAGUGAUGGGCGCAUGCUGCGAGAAUGUGGUGGGUUACCUGCCUCUACCAGUCGGAAUUGCGGGGCCCUUGAACAUUGACGGCCAACAGGUACCGCUUCCGAUGGCGACUACCGAAGGAACCCUUGUCGCCUCGACUUCUAGAGGAUGCAAAGCUCUCAACGCCGGUGGAGGCGUAACGACCGUGUUGACUCAGGAUGCAAUGACGAGGGGGCCCGCUCUAGACUUCCCCAGCAUUACUGCAGCAGCCAGAGCGAAGCGCUGGGUCGACAGCACGGACGGAGCGGCGAUUCUGAAGGCAGCAUUUGACUCGACUUCGCGCUAUGCUCGCUUGUCCUCCUUGCACUCUGUUCUUGCCGGCCGGACACUCUACGUGCGAUUCGCCACCUCCACGGGUGAUGCGAUGGGUAUGAAUAUGAUCGGAAAAGGUGUUGAGCAGGCGCUGAGCGUCAUGAAGAGCAGGCAUUUCCCAGAGAUGCUCAUCCUGUCCCUGUCAGGUAAUUACUGCAUCGACAAGAAGCCAGCAGCCAUCAACUUUAUCAUGGGUCGCGGCAAGAGCGUGGUUGCCGAGGCGACUAUUCCUGGCGACGUGGUCAAGAAUGUCCUCAAGACAACAGUGGCCGCCCUGGUGGAUCUGAACGUGAAGAAGAACCUGGUCGGAAGCGCAAUGGCGGGGGCCAUUGGAGGUUUCAAUGCGCACGCCGCCAACAUUCUCACCUCUAUCUUCAUCGCAACCGGACAAGAUCCCGCGCAGAAUGUGGAAAGCUCCAUGUGCAUGACGCUGAUGGAAGCCAUCAACGAUGGCAAGGAUCUGCUGGUGACUUGCUCGAUGCCCAGCAUCGAAGUUGGAACAGUGGGAGGAGGCACAGCGCUAUCGCCUCAAAGAUCCAUGUUGAAUCUUUUGGGCGUGGCAGGCGCGCACCCAACUACCCCUGGAGCCAACGCUCAAAGGCUGGCACGAAUCAUCUGCGCAGCUGUCAUGGCGGGCGAACUUAGCCUGAUGGGCGCCCUGUCCGCGGGUCACCUGAUCAGAGCGCACAUGCAGCACAAUCGCUCUGCUCCUCCCACUCCUGGCGCUCAAACGCCAAGGCUGCAAAUCCCCCAACCUAGCUUUGGAGCUAUGACCCCAUUGGUGGCUCCGCCCGUCGAAAGCACUAGGGGAUCUCCAACAGGCAGCGUGAGGGAACGAAGGGCCGCAUCGACCGGCUAG